AGGCUGCUACGGAGCGGGAGAUGGCUCUAUUUUGGGAACGCUCGCGGGCGGACAUCCCUCCUUCCUUCCACCGCUGGAGACUUCUUCUGCAGUGUUUCUCGUAAAGACAGAGAGAGAAAGAGAGAGGCGUGACCAUGGAGGCGAGCGUCCUUCUACCGAGACUGCCGGCCAGCAACAUCUGCGUAGCUGGAGGGACGCCCUCCGUAUCCUUCCUCACUCCUCACAGUGGUGCCCAUAUCCGAUGGCCCCCCUCUCUCUCGCCUAAAAAUCUUUCUUGCUCUUCUCAUGUUCUAUUGGCCUCAGAAAUAAGGUGUGAAGCAACUGCAGGAACUACUUCUAGGGGAACAAGUACUGUGCCAGAACUAGAUUGGGACAACCUUGGGUUUGGUCUUGUGCCAACAGACUACAUGUAUAUCAUGAAGUGUUUCAAGGAUGGAAACUUCCAGAAAGGUGAACUACAGAAAUAUGGAAAUAUUGAUCUUAGUCCGUCUUCUGGAGUUCUAAACUAUGGGCAGGGCUUAUUUGAAGGUUUGAAAGCAUACAGGACUGCAGAAGGAAAAAUCUUACUUUUCCGUCCUGAAGAAAAUGCUUUAAGAAUGAAAAUGGGUGCAGAGAGGAUGUGCAUGCCCUACCCAUCAGUUCAACAGUUUGUGGAUGCUGUGAAACAGACAGUUUGGGCAAACAGGCAUUGGGUUCCACCAGCAGGUAAAGGUUCACUAUAUAUUCGUCCACUUCUCUUUGGAAGUGGAGCCGUUCUAGGCCUUGCUCCAGCUCCAGAGUACACAUUUUUGGUGUAUGUUUCUCCUGUGGGGAACUAUUUCAAGGAAGGCUUGGCACCAAUCAACUUAGUUGUAGAGAGUCAUUUUCAUCGUGCUACUCCUGGUGGAACUGGAGGUAUAAAGACAAUAGGGAACUACGCUCCAGUUCUGAAGGCACAAUCUGCAGCAAAGUCUAAGGGCUAUUCUGAUGUCAUAUACCUUGAUUCUAUAAAAAAGAAAUACCUGGAGGAAGUUUCAUCAUGUAAUAUUUUUAUUGUAAAGGGUAACAACAUCUCAACUCCUGCACUAGAGGGGACAAUUCUUCCUGGAAUCACACGGGAAAGUAUAAUUAAAGUUUCCCGUACUCAUGGUUUCGAGGUUGCGGAGCGGCCUGUCUCGAUUGAUGAACUAAUGGAUGCUGAUGAAGUUUUUUGCACUGGAACAGCUGUGGUCGUCUCCCCUGUUGGUAGUGUCACUUAUCUUGGUAAAAGAGUGCAAUAUGGAAAUGACGGAGUUGGCGUAGUUUCUCAGCAGCUUUAUUCUGCUCUUACGGGCAUUCAGAUGGGGCUUGCAGAGGACAAGAUGGGUUGGACAGUGGAGUUAAGGUAGGUGGAUCACAAAAAUGUUUGCUCAAUUUCUAGAUUUCCUCCACAUGCAGCAAGAUGACUGUAGUGUGAUAAAAUUUUGACUCUUUAUUAACUUCACUUUUUGACUAGAUAACUCAGCUAGCAUUUUAAAUUUGCAAAGAUUGUUGUCUUUGGAGGCUAUUAUAUAACUUAUAUUUAAAGUUAAGUUCGACUCA